AUGGCAGCAGCAUGGAUGUCCGUCGAAGCCCCGCGAGGGACAUUCACAGUAGACAAGUCUAAAUUCUACCACCCAUCAGGCCCCUUGGCGGACGACGUCUUUUGGAUGCCGCUGUCCUCUGGCGACGUCGGCCACUGUUCUAGAGACGGAUCCCGGAUCGACUAUGAUUCUUGCUCUUCCAGGGUGCUAUACCGCGUCAAGGAGAAGAAGCACCUAUCCAAGGGCCUGCUCAUGCACCACGGGAGCCUCACAAUCGACUACCACCCGUCCGAGUCUGUCAGUCGAUGCUUUGUAGGCUUCGGGCCAAACGCCGAGCACCGUCUCAUUAUGAUGCUGGGGACGGACUGCCAGCGGGCUGCCGUCAAGGUUAUCGCUUGCAUGGCCAGCUUGUUGCACAGCAAGCUACAGCUGGAGAGUAGCUUGUUGUGGCUGAAGCCGAGCGCGGUCGCCGAUACGUUGGAGAAAGCCGCAGAUUCGUUAAUCGACAUUGCCGCGUUGGUCGACCGCUUCAUCCAGACGAUGAGGAAGCUCUACCAAAGCAACGAUCGGGAGGGCAAUAUGCCUUGCCUCAAGAAGGCUUGUCGAAUUGUGGCGGACGCGGAAGGACAUGUGAGGAGCAGUAGCAACAGCAAGGCUCAAUGGUGUAUUGUAACUAACGUGUAUGGCAUGUUGGGUUGCAGACGAGCACCAGCCAGUCUCGCUCACCAACAAAUGGUGUUACCCAAUGUAUUGACGUCGCUGGAGAUACUUGGUGAGGUGGACUGGACCGACUUCCAGACGAGGGAGGUGGAGGAGAGAAUGGGACAAGCUGGCGUGACGGUCGGCAUCACCAAAGAAAGCAGCUUUACUCCUGCCACAUUCCGAACUCUGAUGCGGUUUCUGCAACACCGGUCGAUGGAGUUGUUAGAAUACGAUGACGAGUUUGAUGCUGAAGGCCAUGCCGUGGGUGAGGCAUAG